UCUUCAAGGACGUUGUACAGGGUAAAAAGCAGUAGGCUCACCAAGGCGGAAACCAGUCAGUGGCUCAGUGGUAAUAAACAUGCCAUAUAUUCCCUUAAAAAUUACACAUUUUAAUCCUUUCAGUCUCCAUUGGUUUUGUUUCCGCAAAUCUUCGUGUUGAUUGCGUGAAGGCGACACCGUACCUCUUGCAUUUACUGUAUGAAAAUCGAGUAAAGCUGAGUAUUGUGAUGAGUUAAAGUGCAUCUGUUUCGUCCUGAGCAUCGACUUCACCGUAAAAAAUUCGAUAGAGGCGACACCUUUUUAUCGCACUGCUGCGAACAAGAGCCAAAACUGCAUCGCUUUGGUGUAAUCGUAGGAAACGUACGCGUCAUCAAGAUCUUUUAAAAACUCAGCCGGUACCUUGAAUUUUAUAAACUGGCUGUAGAUGGAGCCAUCUUUGAAAAAGGUCAAACUAGAAGAUGCCGAUCCUAUAUGUCCGUUCCAUACCUUGCCUAUCGAAGUCGUGGCGCAUGUAUUCUCCUGUCUGGAUAUAUUCGACAUUUCGCAAUGUUCAACAGUCUGCAAACGUUGGAAAGUCAUCGCUUUUGAAUCAUAUUUGGUUCAGAAAAGUGUCAUCGUCGAUAUUCAAAAGUGGAACAAAUACGAGCUCACUAAAACUGAUACCGUGUGGCGAAAAUCAAUGAACACCACUGUAACGGUUUAUAAAGGGGAACCUCUGCUGAAGCGUUUCGUAACGUCAUACACGCGUCACGUGAUACUACGGUGGCCGCUGGGUACUUGUCCCCCGGAAGCGGAACUUGUCUUGAGUUCUCCUAACGACUGUCCGGAUAUGUACGAAACAAACUAUGGCUACGACUACUCGGGUCCGGUUUCGCGCUGCCUCGACAACAUUAUAAAGAUUACCAGCAACAUCCAGCGCGACGUUGGCCAUACCAUUUCAGCGCUGACCCUACAGAAUUUAAAGUUGUACACAAAUCACUGGAACGAGAUACGCGAUAAUUUCCCGGAAGUACAUUACGACCGCGUCCAGAUUAACUGCCACUUUGAACCAACCGCAAGGGAAGUAGAACCACAGCCGUUUGUUCUUCGAGUGGAGCUCGAUAAGAAGACUCUGAAGAAAGCCGACAUUCAUCCGGACUGCAACGAUUACCGUGAAAAUCGGUACUACGAACGCUUUGGUCUCUUUAUACCAGCUCCACUUUCCGUAGAAGAAGAAAGUUGUAUGAGCACAGUACUGCGGUCGCCGGUGAAAACUGGUUGGAAAUAUGAGCACUUUUGGAACAGGGUUUUCGGCAGGCAAGUUCGUCAUAACCAGAGUUUGGCGGAAAUGGAGUUAACAAUGGAUGAGAUCCAUACGUAUCCCUUGUGGAAGCAGUAUCUCGUGCGUGAUCUAUUGCAGUACUAUCCACUGAACGCCAGCGAAAUCACAUCUAAUAAUUCGCCCGGCGUCCGAAGUGCGGUGCAAAGAGUGCUUGGGCCCUUUAGAUGGUACGGGUUUAGUGGCUACGGAACUUAUCUGACCACUUUAAGGAGCACAAGCAACGUGCCAUUGCCACUAUGGUAGCGGUUUCUGAUAAAAUUCCAACCUUACUGAUGCAAACGAGUUGUUCGAAUUUUCCAUACUUCGUUCGUUUGCCGGGUUCAUCCGUCCUGCUGUUGCCACUUAAAUGUUACUUGAAUUUUAAAGUAGUGUCACUAGUGUGUUUAUUGCUAAACUGUCUAGUGUGUACGGCAUUCCUGACAAUCCGCAUUUCGGCGGCCACAGAAUUUUAGCUGCUUUAUGGUGCUAAUUUUUCUGACCGGGGCUCUUGGAAUUCUCAGCGCGCUUUUCUUUCAGCUCAGCAUUUCCGGCGUAAAGGUGCGCUCAUCUGCUGUAGUUGAUGGCGGUACGAUAUCAUAUAAUGAUUAUAA